UAAUUGCUAAUGGAAUUUCAUGUGGCAACCAGUCCCGUGUCUGCCCUCAUGCGACCAGACUGCGUUUGUCACUCGUCAGUACCAAGCAUAACUUUAGCUGCUUCGAUUUCUCUGUGGUCAACAACAUUGAAUUGUGUGAUAACCAAGAGAUAGGAGUGGGUUAUCAAAUAAUUCACUUGGUCUGACUCCUGAAGAGAAUGUUGAAACUGACCCAGAGUUUGGUUGUAUUCAACUAAUCCUCAUGAAAAAUUCACUCCCCAAAGGCUGUAACUGAGGAGAUGCGUACCGUGUUUUUACGGUCUUUUUUUAUGUGGAGACAAUGUCUGCUGAUUGUGAUAUCCCAAUUUUUGUAAUCACUUCAUUCACUUUUUGGCCAUAUAGAGAAUCAGAACCACUUACGAGAGUUAGGCUACCCCAGAUGGUACUGACCUGAGGUGACCAAGUGAAAUACCUCGUCUGAUCUCGUGGCAGGUGGUCGCCACAAGUGCAUCGCACGGUCUGACCUCGAGAACUACGGGUUACAAGGGUCAUUGUGGCAGUGAAAGUGUACCUCAUUGCAAAGGCGCUCUUGGGGUCGAUAUUUCUGACUGGCGCCUCCAUGUGCAGUUUAUAUGUUCUCUCUCUGGGAAGAAACAGUAGAACCCGCAGGAAUCUCAUGUAGAACAGAGCUAAACACACGCGAAAAUGUAACUGGUUUUGGCCAAACAUCCCAAAAGCAGAUACAGUCAUUUACUUUCAAAUUACUCAACUGGAAGCGCACACAUCAUCAUCAGCAGCAGCAACAUCGCCCCCUACUGUAAAAAUAAACCUCUGCAAACAACUCUCCUGAAAAAUAAAGAGUUGAGAGACUCCGUGAGUCUUUCCUGGGUAAAUAAGUGCAAAAAUAAUAAAGUAACGACAUUAAUGAGUGACUCGAGCGCCAUGGUUCCCGAGGACCACGCAGCCCGGGGUCACGGCCCCGUGUGACGCCGCCGCCGCUGCGUUCAGCUGGGGAGUUCAUCAGCUCCCCCCUCCAGCCCCUCCACCUCCUCCUCACACCUCCCUCUCCCCAUCGCGCUUCUCUCGUCUCCUCCUCUUCGUCGUCUCUGCUGCGUGGAUGAGCGCGUUUCGCCGCCUCUUCGCAGACCCGCGCAGGCGACUCGCACAGUUGAGACGAGGAGAGCUCCAGCAGCAGGCAGCCUGGGCCAUGGCGACCCGGGCGUGCGCCUCCGGCCCCGCCGUGUCCGCCGCGGGCCCCGGGGCCACCCUGGAGACGCUGCGCUUCGACAACUCGGCGCUGCGCCGACUCCCGCUGGACCCCAGCGACGACCCGGCGCCUCGGCAGGUGCCCGGUGCCGUGUUCUCGCGGGUGAGGCCCAGCCCCGUGGAGAGGCCUCGCGUGGUCGCGAUCUCCGUGCCCGCGCUGCGUCUCCUGGGCCUGCGCGACCCCGAGGCCGAGGCGGCGCGGCCCGAGGCGGCCGAGUUCCUGUCCGGCAACCGCGUCCCUCCCGGGGCCCAGCCGGCCGCUCACUGCUACUGCGGCCACCAGUUCGGCAGCUUCGCCGGGCAGCUGGGGGACGGUGCGGCCAUGUACCUCGGCGAGGUGCAGCCGGGGCCCGGGCAGCGUUGGGAGGUGCAGCUCAAGGGCGCCGGACCAACGCCGUAUUCGAGGCACUCGGACGGCCGCAAGGUCCUGCGCUCGAGCCUGCGCGAGUUCCUGUGCAGCGAGGCCAUGCACCACUUGGGCGUGCCGACCACGCGCGCCGGCUCGUGCGUCACGUCGCACUCCACGGUGCUCAGGGACGUCCACUACGAUGGCAACGCCCGGCCCGAGCAGUGCAGCGUGGUGCUGCGAAUCGCGCCCUCCUUCCUCAGGUUUGGUUCGUUUGAGAUCUUCAAAUCGACGGAUAAAGACACUGGGCGCACGGGCCCCAGCGCCGGCCGCGAGGACAUCAAGGUCACCAUGCUCGACUACGUCAUCGACACGUUUUACCCGGAGCUGCUCGAGGGCCACGGUGACGUCGCGAGCCAUAAGUACACGGCGUUCUUUAGAGAGGUGGUGCGGCGCACGGCGCACCUGGUGGCUGAGUGGCAGUGCGUGGGGUUCUGCCACGGAGUGCUCAACACGGACAACAUGAGCAUCUUGGGCCUCACCAUCGACUAUGGCCCCUUCGGCUUUAUGGACCGGUUCGACCCUCACUACGUGUGUAACGGCUCGGACGAAGGCGGCCGCUACGCCUAUGAUCAGCAGCCGGAGAUGUGCCGCUGGAACCUGGAGAAGUUGGCGGAGGCGCUGGCACCCACGCUGCCCACCGAGCAGAGCCGGCCGGUGCUGGACGAGUACGGCGCCCUCUACGAGGCGGCCUACCUGCGCAAGAUGCGGCGCAAGCUCGGCCUGGGCCUCCUCGAGCAGCCCGACGACGCGGGCCUCGUGACCUCGCUGCUCGAGACCAUGCAGAGCACUGGCGCCGACUUCACCAACUCGUUCCGCCUGCUGAGUCGCCUGACGCUGGAACCCGGCUCCGUGGAGGAGCUGGCGACAUUGCUGUGCCAGCAGUGUGCCACCGUGGAGGAGAUGAAGAGAGCCUACAAGCCGAGGAUCGACCCCAGACAGCUGUCCCUGCUGCUGGCGCUCGCGCAGGCCAACCCGCAGGUGCUGCGCAUGUUUGGCGGCCGCUCGGGCCUGGAGCGCGAGCUCCACUGCGUCGAGGCCUCGGAGCGCUGGCGCCUCGUGACGCCGGCGGAAAAGGAGGCGGAGGACGCUCGUGCCUGGACGCAGUGGCUCAACGCCUACAGCUGCCGCCUGCUGCAGGAGCGGGAGGUGUCGGGGCUGGAGGCGGCGUCCUGGCGGAGGGAGACUGCCGCCACUAUGGACUCCACCAACCCCAGGGUCGUCCUGCGCAACUACAUCGCCCAGCGGGCCAUCUCGGCCGCCGAGGAGGGCGACUUCUCAGAGGUGCGGAGCGUGCUGCGGGUUCUGGAGACGCCGUACACAGACGCUACCGACGCAGCCGAUGAAGAGGAGAGCAAAGCCCUGGGCGCCGUGGAGGGGGAGCAGGCUCUUUCCGCUGCUCCACCCACCUCCUACACCUCCAAACCACCCCCCUGGGCGCUCGACCUCUGCGUCACAUGAUCCUCGUAAUUGCCUGGCUCACCGGCGACCUCCUGCCACCCCCGUGGAUGCCCCAGGGGGGCUUGGCAGAGGCGAUGGCGAGCCUAGGCCCUGGUAGUAGAUGCUGUGAGGAGCGCCCGACGGGGGACUACGUCCGUCCGCUCGUGUGGAUUCUCUCGUCUCCGUGACGAUUGACGCGAUAACCCACGUAUCUCGGGCCGCUUCAGUCUGAUUCUUAGCGUUCCUCACGGCGACGAUCCCCUAAUAGAUGUAAACUGGCUGCUGCUUGGUGCUGGUGCCGUGCCGGGAUGCGGAGUGGUGGUUGUAAAUGGGUUGUCUGGACUGGAAAACUGUUGCUUAAGGGAUUCACUGUUCAUACGAGUUACAUGAUCUGCACGUUGUAUAUCUAGUUCAACUAAAAAUCGCUCAAACAAUAA